CAGCCCUCGGACCCCGGGGAAAGGGACAAGGUGGGGAGGAAGUGAUGGGGAGAAACAUGGGCUUGGGAGCUACAGACAAGGGUGGGUGAAAGGCACAGUCACCCAUGUGGCUCUGGGGAAAUGCACUGAGCCCUGAAGUCAUGAGCCAGGAGACCCAAACUCACUGCUUGGGUGAGGAGGCUGGGGCUAAGGGCUGCUCUCAGUGGUGGUGCUGGGCUCACUGGUGGUGAUGCUGGGCUCACUGGUGGUGGUGGUGCUGGGCUACAAGCCAGGGGGACGCCAGGGCUGUGCCCUGUCUGCCCUUUGCUGCCCAACCUUCCCUCCAAUUCGUUCUGACCCACAGCAGUUUGAGUGCCUGGGCUGGCUAAGGUGGGCAGAGCAUGAAAGAGCUAGGCAGUGGCCAUCCUGGCCAAGGCCCUGGGCAGUGGCCAGCCUGAACCCCAGCAGGAGACCUCCAUUCCCACCUCUUGGCCAAACAGAGCAGGAGUGGUUGCGGGGAGCCUGACAGAGAGCAGAGAGAGGUUUUCAGGGGUGCUGGAGGGAAGGGAAGAUGCCUCUUUGCUUGGGAGAGAAGAGAAGUGACCUCUGAGGAAUGGAAGGGGGAAGCGAGGGUGAGCCUGGGGGGCCUGUUGACCAUCAACCUGGCUCUCCUGUCCAGCUAGGGUUUGGUUUUGAGUGAAAGCCUCCAUCAUGAGUCUAGAUUGCAGGUCUCAGGAUGAGCUCUGAUUCCUUUCUCUGAGUCAAAGGCUGGGUCUCAGAUCUGAGUCCAAGUUCCCCAUGGGCCUUGGAGGUGUGAUGGGCACUGGAGAGAGAAAUAGGAACCUCCCUGGAGGGCUGGGAGAGACGGAGGUGGAAGCCUUUCUGGGAAACCCCCAGGGAGGUGGAGCAGAGGAGGUGGAGCUGGGGCCAUGUCCUGACCCGGCGCCCAUUUUGCAGGGCCCCUACUGUGCCCCGCACCCCCUUUCUCUCCUGGUGCAGGCAGCGGCACUGGCAGUGGCCCUGGCCGAGGGCACCCUGCCUGCCUUCCUGCCCUGUGAGCUCCAGCCCCAUGGUCAGGUGAACUGCAACUGGCUGUUCCUGAAGUCUGUGCCGCACUUUUCGGCUGGAGCCCCCCGGGCCAACGUCACCAGCCUCUCCUUAAUCUCCAACCGCAUCCACCACUUGCAUGACUCCGACUUCGUCCACCUGUCCAACCUACGGGUCCUCAACCUCAAGUGGAACUGCCCACCGGCCGGCCUCAGCCCCAUGCACUUCCCCUGCCACAUGACAAUUGAGCCCAACACCUUUCUGGCUGUGCCUACCCUGGAGGAGCUGAACCUGAGCUACAACGGCAUCACGACCGUGCCUGCCCUGCCCAGUUCCCUCGUAUCCCUGUCGCUGAGCCGCACCAGCAUCCUGGUGCUAGACCCCACCCACUUCACCGGCCUGCAUGCCCUGCGCUUUCUGUACAUGGACGGCAACUGCUACUACAAGAACCCCUGCCCGCGGGCCCUGGAGGUGGCCCCAGGCGCCCUCCUCGGCCUGGGCAACCUCACGCACCUGUCGCUCAAGUACAACAACCUCACGGAGGUACCCCGCCACCUGCCCCCCAGCCUGGACACCCUGCUGCUGUCCUACAACCACAUUGUCACCCUGGCACCCGAGGACCUGGCCAACCUGACUGCCCUGCGCGUGCUUGACGUGGGUGGGAACUGCCGCCGCUGCGACCACGCCCGCAACCCCUGCAGGGAGUGCCCAAAGAACUUCCCCAAGCUGCACCCUGACACCUUCAGUCACCUGAGCCGCCUCGAAGGCCUGGUGUUGAAGGACAGUUCUCUCUACAAACUAGAGAAAGAUUGGUUCCGCGGCCUGGACAGGCUCCAAGUGCUCGACCUGAGUGAGAACUUCCUCUAUGACUACAUCACCAAGACCACCAUCUUCAAGGACCUGACCCAGCUGCGCAGACUCAACCUGUCCUUCAAUUACCACAAGAAGGUGUCCUUCGCCCACCUGCACCUGGCGUCCUCCUUUGGGGACCUGGUGUCCCUGGAGAAGCUGGACAUGCACGGCAUCUUCUUCCGCUCCCUCACCAACACCACGCUCCAGCCGCUGACCCAGCUGCCCAAGCUCCAGAGUCUGCGUCUGCAGCUGAACUUCAUCAACCAGGCCCAGCUCAGCAUCUUUGGGGCCUUCCCGAGCCUGCUCUUCGUGGACCUGUCGGACAACCGCAUCAGCGGAGCUGCGACGCCAGCGGCUGCCCUGGGGGAGGUGGACAGCCGGGUGGAAGUCUGGCGGUUGCCCAGGGGCCUCGCUCCAGGCCCGCUGGACGCCGUCAGCUCAAAGGACUUCAUGCCAAGCUGCAACCUCAACUUCACCUUGGACCUGUCACGGAACAACCUGGUGACAAUCCAGCAGGAGAUGUUUACCCGCCUGUCCCGCCUCCAGUGCCUGCGCCUGAGCCACAACAGCAUCUCGCAGGCGGUUAAUGGCUCCCAGUUCGUGCCGCUGACCAGCCUGCGAGUGCUCGACCUGUCCCACAACAAGCUGGACCUGUACCAUGGGCGCUCGUUCACGGAGCUGCCGCAGCUGGAGGCGCUGGACCUCAGCUUCAACAGCCAGCCCUUCAGCAUGCAGGGCGUGGGCCACAACCUCAGCUUCGUGGCCCAGCUGCCCUCCCUGCGCUACCUCAGCCUUGCGCACAACGGCAUCCACAGCCGCGUGUCACAGAAGCUCAGCAGCGCCUCGUUGCGCGCCCUGGACUUCAGCGGCAACUCCCUGAGCCAGAUGUGGGCCGAGGGAGACCUCUAUCUCUGCUUUUUCAAAGGCUUGAGGAACCUGGUCCAGCUGGACCUGUCCAAGAACCAUCUGCACACCCUCCUGCCUCGUCACCUGGACAACCUGCCCAAGAGCCUGCGGCAGCUGCAUCUCCGGGACAAUAACCUGGCCUUCUUCAACUGGAGCAGCCUGACCGUCCUGCCCCGGCUGGAAGCCCUGGAUCUGGCGGGAAACCAGCUGAAGGCCCUGAGCAACGGCAGCCUGCCGCCUGGCAUCCGGCUUCAGAAGCUGGACGUGAGCAGCAACAGCAUCGGCUUCGUGAUCCCCGGCUUCUUCGUCCGCGCCACUCGGCUGACAGAGCUUAACCUCAGCGCCAAUGCCCUGAAGACAGUGGAUCCCUCCUGGUUUGGUUCCUUAGCAGGGACCCUGAAAAUCCUAGACGUGAGCGCCAACCCGCUCCACUGUGCCUGUGGGGCGGCCUUUGUGGACUUCCUGCUGGAGAGGCAGGAGGCCGUGCCUGGGCUGUCCAGGCGCGUCACAUGUGGCAGUCCAGGCCAGCUCCAGGGCCGCAGCAUCUUCACACAGGACCUGCGCCUCUGCCUGGAUGAGACCCUCUCCUUGGACUGCUUUGGCCUCUCGCUGCUAAUGGUGGCACUGGGCCUGGCAGUGCCCAUGCUGCACCACCUCUGUGGCUGGGACCUCUGGUACUGCUUCCACCUGUGUCUGGCCCAUUUGCCCCGACGGCGGUGGCAACGGGGCGAGGACACCCUGCUCUAUGAUGCCUUCGUGGUCUUCGACAAGGUGCAGAGUGCAGUGGCUGACUGGGUGUACAACGAGCUCCGCGUGCAGCUGGAGGAGCGCCGGGGGCGCCGGGCGCUCCGCCUCUGCCUGGAGGAGCGAGACUGGCUCCCUGGUAAGACGCUCUUCGAGAACCUGUGGGCCUCGGUCUACAGCAGCCGCAAGACCGUGUUCGUGCUGGACCACACGGACCGGGUCAGCGGCCUCCUGCGCGCCAGCUUCCUGCUGGCCCAGCAGCGCCUGUUGGAGGACCGCAAGGACGUCGUGGUGCUGGUGAUCCUGCGCCCCGCCGCCUACCGGUCCCGCUACGUGCGGCUGCGCCAGCGCCUCUGCCGCCAGAGCGUCCUCCUCUGGCCCCACCAGCCCAGUGGCCAGGGUAGUUUCUGGGCCAACCUGGGCAUAGCCCUGACCAGGGACAACCGUCACUUCUAUAACCGGAACUUCUGCCGGGGUCCCACGACAGCCGAAUAGCACAGAGUGACUGCCCAGCACUCCUUUAACCCCGCACCCCCACUUCCCACCCCCCCCCCGCCCCACUCCCCCAACCGCCCCCCCACCCCGCCCCCGCCGUUUUGCCUCUCUGCCUGGGAUGCCCCAACUUGCCUCCCUUUGCAAUCCCACCGCUCUGUCAGGCCCCCUGGCAUAGAGCAGGCACACAAAUAAAUGCUGCUGGAGGGCCAACAGCUAACCCUGAGCUCACUGAAGGUGCUAUUGGGAGGGAAAAGGGGAGAAUUCACUGGGCCUAAAACAAAGGCGGGGAGCAAGAGGUGAUUGGCGGUAAUCGCCAUGGAGAAAAGGGGAGGGCCCACAGGGCUUAGGCUGGCAGGGUUACUGGGGGAAGCUGCUAAGGGCAGUUGUGUUCACCGUCAUGUUUUUCGAACAGUGAGGUCUUGGUCCAUCCCAGAGAAGAGACUGGGUCUCCUGACCCUUUCAACUCCUCCCUCAAUUCGCAGUCCUACUGAGCUCGGCAUUCCUCUGUAAUUGGCCUCAGGAUCUAUCUCCCUCACCAGCAGGGCCUAGGGUGCCUCAAGGGCAGGCAGGGAAUCUGAAGGCCUGCUUCAUUUCUGACUGGCACCAGAUUCCUAAGAGAUUCCUAAAGCGAUCGGGAAGAUGUGCAGCAAGCUCAGUGGGGGUGAUUGCGCCUUCUGGUGGCCAUGUUUAUGUUGCACUGGGGAGGCUGGUCCAGGCUGGGGAGAGGAAGGCCUAUCGGUGAAUCCUGGCAGCAGUGGGCUGAGAGCCAGGGAAGAGUCUAAGGUGAGCUCACAACCCAUCCCUGUUUCCGCCUUGAGUGCAUGCUGAGUCUGUCUGUUCUGCAUCAAAGGGACACCUUGGUGAGCCGUCACCUGGCUACAAAGAAGGGGCCUCCCUUUCCUGCUCCUGCCUCUCAUAGCUGAUUGUACGUAGGUGGGAGUUGCAGCCACGAUGGAGUAUGUGUGUGUGUUUCUAGUUUUGGUGCUAGAUUUCUGUGUAGACUUUGGGAUACUGCUGGGAGCCUCGAUGCCCAGUGUUUGGAGAGAGCCUGUUCAGUGUCUCCACAAGUGUGUGAGGAGUGAUGGGUCCUGUUAGGCCCAGGGUCCUUGAGCUGCUUUGCUCAGGCUGGCUGUCUCCCAUCCCCACAAUUAAACCUGCCCUUUGAGGAGCAGAGGAGACAUGUGCAGCCUCUUGGUUGGAGCUGGCGUCUGGGGCACUGGGAGAGAGGACCCAGUUGAGCUGGCUAUGGGCCCAGUUUGGGGCAGCUCAGGGCUCAGGACCUCUGGGCUGGAAGGUUGGGGCUCAGGCAGACUUGGCUAAUCUUGCAGCCUGGUUGUGGGGACCCCUGGUAGGGACAGGAGGCUGCUUUUCCCCCUCCCUCCAGGCUAUAGCUGGGAGAGAAGUCUAGGCCACCUUCUCCUUUCUGACCUGGGUUCAGGGGCUCCUGCUGGAGGCUGGCAUCCCCUAUUCUCUGCCUGCCUAAAAGAAAGACAGGGGAGGGUCUCUGACCCACGUAUCUGUAGCCCCACGAGGGCCCUGAUCCAGUCCAGUUUCUGGAGGAGUAGGCUAGCACGGCCCCAUGCACGUCUUAACCCAUGCUUGGGGAGAAAAUAAAACAAGAACUGUCAUUCCCCUAGGCUGGAGUCUCGUGGGUAGGGGAGAGGGGACUGCUGAGUGGCUCUGAGACUGUUCUGGCCACAUCUGGGAGCAGAAGUCAGGCCCUGCCUAGGGCACCACAUUUUGCGUGUGAGAAGCACAAUUUGCCUGUCUCUGACCAACAGAGUCUGCCCUAGGGCAGACCCCAGCUAGGACCUCUGCAUUCCCGGCCAUGCACUCACGCUCCCAGUCCUGGUUCUUCUGAGGAUUCAGAAGAAGAACAUCUUGGAGAUGAAGCAUGGGGGCUAUGGUACGAGCACUCUUGGGCUCCACUUAAGUCAGUCUAGAGGCAUCUAUGGUGCUCGAUUCAAUUUGCAGGGGAAAGUUCUGCUGUCAUCGACCACAUCUAGGGGCAGAGCCACUGGCCUGGGCCCUGCAGGGGGUGCUAGGAACUGGGCUCCUGUGGUCAGGAAGGACGCUGGUGGCUGGCCUUCUUCUCCACACUGCUGCAUGUCCUCAACCAUUAACACUGCCCGCAACACGGCUUUGCAAGGCUGGGGAAGAGAUAGGCCUUGAAUCACAUUACCUGGGGGGACCACCAACUCUGCUAUUUGGGUUAUCCUGGGCAAGUGCCCUCCCCUAUAGAGUCUGUACAUCUGCCUGUGAGAAUGGCCAGAAUUACUCUGCAGGCUGUUACAAGUAUUCAUGGUAAUGUGUUUCAAGUCUGGGAGACCUAGCUGGUCGCCCAGUGGUUAUUUUUAGGUAAGGGACUUACACUGAGGACUACCAGCUGAUGGGACUGUGAGAGAUUUUUCUCUCUCUAUCCAGAGAUGGAUCCCCCUAAGUCAGGGCCCUGGCCCAGUGCACUGAAAGGGGUUCAGAGGCAACUGUGGUGGAACUGAUUUCGGACGCACGCAGCAGUAACUGCCAGUUUGCAGCAAGCAGCAGGGAGCCAUUGCUGGAAGCAGGGUCUUACUUUCCCAGUCUGGGAGUCCUAACCACUGGACCACAGGGGAGCUGAAGAGGAAAAGUUAAAAUUUUACAUCACCUCCUUUUCCUUCUGCCUCUGUAACUCAGCUUGCCCCUUGCAAAGUCUAGAUCACAUAGGUCAUGUAGUCUCAGAAAAUGGGGACUUGCAAUACUAGGAUCUGGAGUUUAUCUCACUCACCCUUGUCCUGCUCUUUGAAAUCUCCCAGCCCCUGCAAACCUGCUUAAUCAUGCCUGUCCAAGCCAGGCAUCCCCCUCCCCAUCUUGACCACUGUACCUGUGCGCGCGAAACCCCUUAGUUUAAACCAGCCUAUUAACAGCUAGCGUUGCCCAUUACAGUCUGUCUAGAAAAACUCUGCAAUCCCUCUGUUCGGGGCUCAGAGGUUGGAGUGUUAACUCCUCUGGGCCCGCUGGCAUAAUGAAUCUGAGUUCUCUAACUCUCCAAGUGUGGUGCUUGGUGUCUCGAGUACUGGUUUCUGCAAGAGAGCCAGCAGUUAGGCUAGGGUCCCUAGUCUUUGCCUGCUUAGUCAAGAAUGAGGUGAGGAGGUAGAAGGUAAAGUGUAAAGUGAACAGUUUAUUGAAAAGUACAUUUGGAAAGGCACACAGGUGAGCUCAGAGAGAGUCUCACCUUUUUGAAGUUUAAAUCCCUUAUAAGGGGUCGGUUUUCCGGGUCUUUGUCUUCCCUCAGGCCAAUCAUCUUGCUGGCUCUCCCCCUGGUUAAUUUGUCUCAGGACCCUCACCUGAGGUUUGCACACAUACACCUUAGCCAAGAUGGAUCUCAAAGUGAAGGCUUCUGGGAGGAGCAAGACUCAUUACGGCCUGGAAUAUCCUCUGAUUUUCGACUCCAAGGAGACUUUCUGAGCAUGUGUAAUGCCUCCUUUAUCCUUUACUCAGGCAGGGUUCUGGCCUCUCUUUGUCCUUGUCAUGAUUAUUCCCUUGAGAUGUUUACAAGAGACAAAGACUGGCUGUUUACCCUGUUUCUGUGGUCACUUCCAUUUUGGAGAGGAAACAGGAGGCCGGCAGUAAAUUCUGUGCAACCCCAUAGA